AUGCACAUUAAUCCUGAUGCAAUUCCUGGAACAGUCCAUCUUGUUGAUCAAGAGGGUACUAUGAACUCAGCACAUCACGACAAAAAUGCUAAAGAAAUUGUCUUGUCACCAACACCCAGUGAUCACCCUGAUGAUCCCCUCAAUUGGUCUCCUCGCCGAAAAUAUUUGGCCAUGUUCUGCAUGGUAGUCUACACUUUUGCCACAGGUGUCCCCACCGCAGCCAUCUACUCCGUUCUCACACCGGUUUCUGAGCAAACUGGUCUCUCACUCUCAACUCUUAAUGAAGGUACCGGUUACAUGUUUUUGUUUUUAGGUCUGGGGUGCCUCUUUUGGCAACCUUUGGCCAUGCAGUUUGGUAAAAGACCAGUAUACCUUUUCAGUACUUUUGCAACAACUCUCAUCAUUAUCUGGGGUCCCUAUACUACAGGAAAUGGUACAUGGAUUGCAGGUAAAAUUUUGCAAGGUUUCUUUAGUGCUCCUAUUGAAUCCCUUUGUGAAGCUUCUGUUGCAGAUGUUUGGUUUGAACACGAUCGUGGACGCUGGAUGAGUUUGUACGCCGUGUCUCUCCUUGUCUCUAAUUUCCUUGCCCCCCUCAUUGCUGGUUUCAUUUUGGAAGGUCAAGGUUGGCCUUGGGUCAUUUACUGGUGCAGUAUCUUUGGUGCAGUCUCUUUUGUCUUCCUCUUCUUCUUUAUGGAAGAAACCAACUACUCCAGAAAGACAAUUGCUGCUGACGAUGUUAUUGCCGAUUCUUCAGAGUCUAUUGAAGAAGAUUCCCUUUCUGAACCUUCCCCCAAGAAUGAAAAGAUGAACCAUGUUACAACCACCAUUGUCGAUAUGGAAGAUGGCGUUGUUACUCCUAUUUAUGAAAAGAAGUCCUUUAUUGGAAAGUUGCAGCUUAUUGAUACCUCCCGUCCCAUUGAAAACCUCAAAAUCAACUUCUGGAGACCCAUUACUAUGAUCCGAUUCCCCGCUGUUAUGUGGGCUGGUUUCUUUUAUGGCUCAAAUCUUGUUUGGUUCAAUGUUCUUAACGGUACCGCUUCUUUGAUCUUCACUUCCCAAUACGGAUUCUCUGCUUCCAUGACUGGUGUUACUUACGUUGCUCCCAUUAUUGGUACUUUUAUUGCAAAUGCUUACACUGGUGUUUAUGGUGAUAAGUUCAAACUUAAAAUGGCCAAAAAGCAUGGCGGUGUUUAUGAACCCGAAUUCAGACUUUGGCUUACUAUUCCCUUCCUUAUUCUUUGCCCUGCUUCUCUUAUUCUCUGGGGUGUUGGUGCUGCUCACGAAAUCCAUUGGAUUGGUCCUGUUAUUGCUAUGGGUAUUCUUGGUGGUUGUGUUUCUAUCGGUUGUGCCAUUCCUGUCAACUACUUUAUGGAUUGCUACAGAGAAAUGGGUGGUCCCGGUAUGGCUCCAGUUAUCUUGAUCCGCAACUUGCUCAGUUUUGCUAUUGGUUACGGUAUUACUCCUUGGGUCACUAACAUGGGUCUGCAAAACUGUUUCAUUACUGCUGCUUUUAUUUCCCUUGUUUGCAAUGCCACCUUCUUCAUCAUGGUCAUUUAUGGUAAGAAGUGUAGAGAUAACACCAAGAGUACUUACUGGGGUUACGUUAAGGAGGCCAUUGACAAGGGCAUGACCCAUUAA